GACAGAUCCAAGCCAACUCCUUCUCCUCCUCCUCCUCCUCCUUCCCGACGACGAGCCUUUCACGCAGAGAACUCCUCCGCCUGUAUUCUUCCCCUACAAGAGGCAAUAAGCUCGUCGGCCAAAUCCCAGCGUGCAGAAGGAGCCCGAGAUAUCCACGCACUUACUGAUCUCCCACCGGCCAUGGAGUCUCUAUCCCCAGUCUCCUCCUCCUCCUCCAUCGUCCUUCCUCCGAGCAAUCCUCCUCUCCAUCUUCCUCGCCCUCGAGUGUCCCUCUCUACUUCGGCCAUGCACAGCAGCUUCAUCCCUCGGCUGGCCUCUUCUCUCUUCAGCGUGCCGCUCGCUCCGGAUUCUCCUAGGAAGAGGCUGCCGGAAGUCUGCUGUAAAUCUAGCCGCAGAAGUGUCGGAGGCGAGGAAGACGACGGGAGGGAGGAGGAGGAGGAAGAGGAGGUGGAGAGGGCGCUGCACCUGGACGGGAGCAUCCCAGGGACCUCCGACGAGUUCGUGAAGAGAGUUUCCUCCCGUGCUUAUGACAUGCGGAGGCACCUCGAGCAGUCCUUUGACAGCAGCAGCUACGACGUAUUGGAGGCCAAUCCAUGGCGAGAUUCUUCGAAACCAGUAUACGUGUUGACUCAUGGGCAGAACCAACUGUGCACGAUGAAAACUCGAAGAAAUCGGAGUGAAGUGGAGAGAGAGCUUGGGAUGCUGUUCUCCAAAGCCAGGAAAUGGAGUUCUGGUACUGGAAACCAGAAUAAACAGUCGAGAAGUGGGACCAAAUUCCAGAUGCUUGUUGAGGAUAUCAGGGAGGGGGUUCUUGUUUUUGAAGAUGAGAACGAAGCCGCUAAAUAUUGUGACUUGCUGCAAGGAGGAGGUCAGGGCUGUGAAGGUGUCGCAGAGAUUGAAGCCUCAUCAGUCUUCGAUCUUUGCAGUAAGAUGAGGGCUCUUGCGGUUCUGUUUCGUAGGGGUAGGACACCGCCUCUACCUCAAAGCCUCGAGCUUAACCUCAGAGCCAAGAAGCGGUCGCUUGAAGAUUGAAGCUCUUUAAGGGAGUUGAGGAAUAUUGAUAACUUAUACGGUAACAUGAAUUUGUAUAUGUUGUAUAGUAUACACAUGCCGACCCACAGUUAUAAUCAUUAUAUAGGUAUAUAUCCACGCACAGUCCGUCCUCCUGUUCUCUUCAAUUUUUUUUUAACUGGUGCAGUAAAUGAAUAGCUAACUUUA